UUUGCUUUUUGUUCUUGAGCUGCGUCGAUAUUGCGCGCUUCACAAUGAGUCCAUUGUCAUCUCUGAGAACGGACGGGGACAAGAUUGAAAUUAUCAAUCAGUUAUUGUUGCCCCAUACAACAGAAUGGUUACCCAUUGACUCCGUCGCUGACGCUUAUGAAGCCAUUAAAUCCAUGAAGAUACGGGGGGCACCAGCCAUUGCAUCUUUGGCAUCCUUGUCCAUUGCACAAAAUUUAUCUCGCUCAUUGAAGGCCACUCCGCCACCUGACUUCCUCGCUACUCCUAGGGCACUUCAAGCCCAUCUCAACUCGCUUCUCGACUUCCUCUUCAAGUCCAGACCGACUGCAGUUAAUCUUGGGACGGCUAUACGACGUCUUCGCAAUAGACUGGGGGUUUUAAUUGAAAGUGGCGCUCAGGACGUCCCUGCAAUAGUUAAUGAACUCAUCAAGGAAGCACGUUUGAUAGCGGACGAGGAUCUCGGCAGGAAUAAGGAAAUGAGCAAAAAUGGGGCGGACUGGCUGCUUCGUGUCCAGAGCGCUAAUCUACUGGAUAAUGGCAGAGUGAAUAUACUCACCGUAUGCAACACCGGUUCGCUGGCGACUUCGGGAUAUGGAACAGCCCUGGGCCUCAUCACACGUUUGUUCGAAACUGGAAAAUUGAAUAACGCGUACUACACCCAAACGGCACCAUAUCACCAAGGAUCUCGCCUCACCUCAUAUGAACUCGUGACCAUGGGGGCACCUUCGGUCAUGAUCUGUGACACGAUGGUCGGGUCCUUGUUUCAGCAUGUCCCCAUACACGCUGUUGCGGUAGGCGCCGACCGAAUCGCCAAGAAUGGUGACACUGCGAAUAAAAUUGGGACAUAUAAUGCUGCCGUCCUGGCCUCCAGGCACAAGAUCCCAUUCAUUGUUGUAGCGCCCGUCAGCACUGUUGACUUGGACAUUGAGGACGGUUCAAAAAUACCCAUCGAACAUCGGCCACCCUUGGAAGCCUGCCUUGUUCGUGGCGCCCUUCACCCCGUGGCUCAGGAUCAAGCAGUGCCCAAUCAGGCGGUUGUCAUGCUUACUCCCGCAAACAUAGACCUGAAAAAAGGCGUUUAUAACCCUAGCUUCGAUGUUACACCAGCCGAGCUUAUCGCUGCAAUCGUCACGGAGAAAGGUGUGGCGACCAAAACUGAAGGAUCAUCCGCUUUUGAUCUAUCCACUGUUGUGUGAAAGAACAAAAUAAAUAAAAUAUCAAUAUCUGCU